AUGAUCUCGGAGGAUGAAGAGAUGCAAAUGAGUGAUAUGGAGUUCGAGAGCGAGGGCGAGGAUAAAGCUGGCGCGAUGCGAGUGCCAGCGGCCGUAGCAGCCGAUGAGGAUACUAGGAGGCAGCCAGAACUGGUGUUAGAGAUGGGGGGUUUACUUCUCAAUGAUAGAGAGUGGGGUAGGGCAAGAGCGCUAUUCCACGAGGUAUUGAGCAACACCAGUACGGAUUGCCAUGUUUUAGUACAAUCCUGGUUCCAUCUUCUGGAGUGUUGGGCUCAGGAAAUUCGGUACCAAAACAAUAUCAACAAAUUGGAACUCUACCAAGAUUGCCGCAAUUUUGUCCAGUUUUUAGUCCGUGAAGGUGGAGCCGGUUUGGAACUUUCGAAACUUCAUGCGAUAUUGGAGGAUUUGUUCCCGUCCGUUGAUAACAAGUUCUUGUUCGACCUUCUCCCUGAAGAUACUCAUGAUACUACUCUAAGAGGCAUUGUUCGGAUGCAAUUAGAAUUGUGUGAGACUUUUGAGCCGCUAGAGCAUUCGAUCAGCGAAGAUAUAGAGGAGCUUUUGGCGUUCAAGCGUGCUACCGCGAGGCAGUGGUGGAUGUUCCUUGAAGGCGAUCGUCGAAUCGAUCUGUCGAUCCUUGGGAAGUUACAGAGAGAUAUUAUACAGCAGGCGACUUUAGUGGAUUCCCACGGCACGGAGUACCUUGUUGCUAAGACGAAUUUUUUCCUGCAGCUGUUUAUUAGCCACUAUUUCAGCACUUAUUCGACGAUGAAGGACGAGGACGACAAAGUUGCCGAGUGUUUAAACGUGUUAGUGUCGCUUUCGAAGCGGUCGCUGAUUGUCUCCCAGGAUUCCCGACUGAUGUACCUUUACCAUCUAUCGAUGGCGAUUCUAUCGUUGCCGCGGGACACACGGGACCAGGACUUAGGGUUGGUCACGAACUAUCGUUUACAAGUUGAGAGUUGCAGGGACCAUUUCUUGAAGUGUUUGCAGCACUUGGAUCAAAUGGGUACACUGCGGUCGCUUCAUUUGAAACCUGGGCAAUUUGUUCUUGCAGGGUUCAUUCUGACCAGUAUUGUUGUGACGCCUUACGACGAGGGGAAAUCUGUGAACCCGUUUGAUUUCGAGCAAUUGAGGAUUCUGAAGGACGAGCCCAUAAUGGAGACGCUGCGCGGCAUUUACACGAAUUUUUUAGACCUCAAACUCCCUGAGAUGUACCAUUACAUCGGGCAACUACACUGUGUAGCGCGGUCCCUGCAAGCGUUGACGAGCAACGUGCAACGUCUGGGUCAGACACUACGUCUGUGGCGGCGGGUGGCCCCCACGUACUCUAGCAUCUCGAUUGACGACCUACGGCAGCAACUGAGUUACUCGCGGGCUCUAACCCCCUCGAGGGACGACAUCUUGACGAUUCUGAUGAAGUCCGUGCUGCGGUCUACGAGGGAGACAUACUUCAAGAUCGAUCUGACGAACGACAUCGUGCACUUCGGCGCGGAGCACAGGCGCCCGCUAACAGACUUCCCGAAGCGGAGCUUUGCGCUGCCGGGCAAAGAAGACGGACCCUUGAGCCAGGAGUACGCUAACGACGUCGGCGUGUACAACGACGCGGAGCCGGCCCGCCACGCGCGCGGCGCCCCUCUCGAACAGUUCUUCCAGACACUGCACCAGCAGCGGGACCGCCAGCCCUCGCGGACUGCCCCAUCCUCGUCCUCUUCCAACUGCACCAGCAACAUGGCGACCAUCCAACUGUACGAGAUACUCGAGACGAUGCCGUGA